AUGGAGGCUGUUUCUUUAAGAGAGAGGGAAACCAGGAAGGGAAUUGAGUUGAUCUGCUGCUGCUUGGUUAGCGCAUACAGGAGCUUUAAGCUGCACAGCAGUAACAGAGGGGACAGCGAGGGAGAGAGAGUGCUCCGGAGAAGAGAAGAGUGGAGGGCUGCGCUAACCCCACAACAAGCACCACCACGGCCAUCGCAGACAGGCAGACAGACGGACGGCAGGACGGAUACACGGGCGGGGGCUGUGCUAGGCGGCUCGGCGGCAGGCUGGUGGAAGAUGUCGUCCGGAGCCGGCGGGAGGGGAGGGAGGCGGCUCAGGGGGACGGCAGGCGGAGGGAACAGCGGAUACCGAGGAGGAUCCGGAGAGGCCGAAGAGGGCCCAGUGGGGAUCCCUUUCCCAGAGCACAGCGCAGACAUCCUGGGCAGUCUCAACAAGCAGCGGCUCAGUGGCCUGCUCUGCGACGUUCUCCUGGUCACACAGGACCGGGAGUUCCCAGCUCACCGCUCUGUCCUGGCAUCCUGCAGCUCCUACUUCCACAAGCUGUUCACCUCAGGGGCGGCCGCAGAUCAACGCAAUGUCUACAACAUCGACUUUGUGGCGGCAGAGGCUCUGGAAGCGCUGCUGGACUUUGUCUACACGGCCACGCUGACCGUCAGCCACACCAGUGUGGCUGAUAUCCUCGCAGCCGCACGACUUCUGGAGAUCUCACCUGUUCAGGAUGUCUGUACGCACCUGCUGGACACCAAAGUGCUCUCCCCGCCGGCGGGCAUUGAGCAAAGAGAGGGUGAUGAAGAGAGGGGAAGAGGAGGAGGAGAGCAGGGAAACCAGGUGCGAGCUCGGGAGUUUUUGGAGUACUUCCAGAGAGGGGCGCACUGGAGCAGCAGCUGCAGCACACCAGAGCUCAGGGACCUGCCUACACACCUGCACUUUAAUCACGGCAAUGGGGGGACCCCCAGCAAUGGGGCGCCCGGUGGCCCUGGCGAGUACUAUUCCCCCUUGGCCCUGGCUUUGGCCCAACCCCCCACACAUGAACAAGAGGAGGAGGAAGAAGAGGACGAUGACGACGACGUGGAAGCGGUGCAAGGCAACGGGAUAAACCUUGCGUCAUUUUACUACCCUCCAUCCCAAAAUGGGCACUUCUACCUCACCCCUGAGGUUCGAUCAGGGCACGACGCAACAGAGGCAGAGGACGGGGCCAGGCAGCUGAUGGCAAGGGACAGAGGCUCAGCCAGUGCCCUCCUGCAGAGGAUGAUGAACUCCAUCGAGAGGCAGAAGGAGUGCGGGGCGGCCGGGGAAGAGCCGGGCGACGGCGAUGACCCUGAUAUGGAAUUUUACUACAAUUACUUCAACAGUGCGCAGCUCGAGGACACGCCCUCUGCCGCCGUGACACAAGGAGCAGCACCGCUGUGGCUAUCACGAGGCAACGCCGGCCAUGACAGGGUUGGCGGAGGGGAGAGGGGAGUGGGGGCGAGGGCCAGCGGGGGAGGUGGAGGGGAGAGGAAGAUGCGCUCUAAGGCCUUUCAGAAGUGCCCCAUAUGCUCCAAGGUCAUUCAAGGAGCAGGCAAGCUACCCCGCCACAUCCGAACACACACGGGAGAGAAACCCUAUGAGUGCGCCAUCUGCAAAGUGCGCUUUACCAGGCAGGACAAGCUCAAAGUCCACAUGCGGAAACACACGGGAGAGAAGCCUUACCUUUGUACGCAAUGCGGGGCCGCCUUCGCUCACAACUACGACCUGAAGAACCACAUGCGCGUUCACACAGGCCUGCGGCCCUACCAGUGCUCCAGCUGCUUCAAGACUUUCGUGCGCUCCGACCACCUGCACCGCCACCUCAAGAAGGACGGUUGUAACGGCAUCCCGUCUCGCCGGGGCCGAAAGCCUCGGGUGCAAGAGGCCGGGCUCCUGGAGGCCCCAAUGGGCCUGCUGAGCCCUGGCUCAGACACUAGCCUGGAGCCUCACAUCAUCAAGGGACGGCUCUCUGAAGCGUUCAAGUCGGAAGUGGAGGGUGCCCACGCACACAGCCCUCAGCUGCAGGAGGUAGCGGGGGGGGUCGGACCCUGAGACAUGAACUUCAGAAAUGACUGCUGUCACUCUGCUCCACCUGUCCACACAGAGGAGUAGAAAGCGUACAUAAAAACUAUUCCUCUAUAAACCAAAUCAGGGUGUCUCCAACAAUUUAACCUUUUCUCCUUUCACUUUGGCAAACAAAGUAGAUGUGCAAGCACUUGAGUCGGUUUAAAGCGCAAUGAAUGCUUCUAAUCGCGCUCCCAAGACGUCCACUUUCUGGGACAUUUCUUUCUUAUCAGUGAUUGGGGUUUUAUACAUUGGCAUAAUGUAUAAAGGACACUAAGACACUCUUUAGCAACUAUGCAGUUGAUUUUAAUUUUUUUUUUUUUAUUACUUUUGUCCUCACAGCCUUCGAGCUCUGAGCAGGCUGUCGUACGGGUGAAGCGAGGACAAAUCUUACCCAGAGAAAACAGCUUUUUUUUCCUAAAUUCUUUUGCAGGUCUAUCGAUGUACAGUUACCAUAGAAACAACGUUGCCAUAAUAUGGCAUAUGCAAGGAAAACUCACCACACUUGUGAUGCAACAGCUUUCUCUGUCUCUCUAUUUCUCGCUUUCUCUUUCUCACUCGCUCUCCAAAUGCUCCAGAAAGAGUCAGACGAGGGUUCGAUUGAAGUGUUACUUACUCGAUAAAGAAAAUGCAUUCUAAGAAAUGAUAGUGGCGAGUCGAAUCCACGUUGGUGGGGGCUCGAGGGUUGCAGGACCAAGCGGCCGGAGGGAUAGUGUUUUUAAAAUGCUCCCACUGCUCUCACAGCCCUGCGAUUUCAGAUCACCCUGUUGAAAUUUGUCUUAAUUUUUGCUUUUUGUUCCCUUUUUUGUUUUGAGUUGACUGGGUACUUGACACUUUAUAAUUGUAUACGUGCAUAUACAGCAUGUGGCGAUAUGACAUCCCUGUUGACGCUAAGGUGUAUUUAACAUUCUGGCUUCUCCUCGCGGGCUUGAUGUCGUACUUACGGGCUUGUAUGAAUGUUUGUUGAGAGAUAACACAGAGUCACCUGUUUGUUUUUUUAUGAAAAAAACAAAUCUUUGACAGUUUCUGCCCUGAUAGGAUGAGGAGUGGGAAUGAAUGAAUGAAUGUGCUUCACUUUUUGCAGUGUGUCCUUGUGUGACAAGGCGCAGGUUUAGGUAAACGACAUGAAGCCCAAAUGAGAGAAAUGAGCGUGAUGAAGAGAAAAGAUUAGCACCUUUUUUUUCUAUGUUUGCACAGCUUUACUAAAGACACCCAACAAAAAAGAGGGAGGUGAUAUAUAUAUCUAUAUAUAUAAAGAAAGAAGUUUGGUUUGACUUCUUUUAGCCGUAGGGUCCACCUGUGCGAUGAGACCUGUCCCCAGUCUAGAGGGCAAAUAGGAGUGCAUCGGCAGCUGAUUCAUGGGGGGAGGGGGACAAAAGGAGAGGGGAUCUUGCCAUGUCUGUUGCAUUCCAAAAAAAUAAUCUCCCCCAGCUCAGCCACGUUUCCAUGCAGGAGGAGGGGAGGGGGAAUCAGAGCAGGCCUCUCCCUCUCUGUGGUCCUUUAAUGCCCUUUAGGGAUAUGAUUAUAAUAGAGUAUGGUGUUAUCGUGGGUAGGACGCUCGGAGAGGCGGCAGUUUAAUGUGCAUGCGCGCGUGUCGGCGUGCGUGUGUGUGUGUGCGCGUGGCAGCCACAGGGUCCCUCUGGCCACAUCAUCAGUGUGUGAGUCAGCCCCGGCCUGUUCAAACAUGCACCUUGAGCUGCCAGCCUCAAUGUACUUCUCUCCAAACACACUCAGCCCAAGACACCAGCAUGCACAAGUUUAAUUUCCACCUACUUCUCGACCGGGGAUAGGCUAUUGUAACACUUUUUUUUUUGUAUUGGGGAGAGGGUGGGCGCCAGAGUGUUGGCGUAGCUCCGCGAAUGAAUCGACAGAGCCUCUGCUGGUUGUAGCCAAGUCGUGCACUCCAUUUACCCUCAACUGCCUUCCGCCCACGUGCAGCUGUGAUAAGCUCCAGCCCCCCCC